CACAAUUGGACGCCGCCAUGUGUCUUAAUACUGAACUACUAGCCACUACCGUUCCUUCCGAGAAAGCGGCGACCGAAAACUCUUUUUCUCUUUUGCUGUUUUAUAUCCCGUGACAUCUGAGGCAUCGAGGCCUUUUUUCUCGUCAAACUCACAGUUGAUUGUUGAUUUAAAGUUUAAAUGUCGGGCAGUCUGUCCAAUUGCUCGUCGACGACGCCUCCGACGAACUGCCGCUGCUGAAAAAUUGUCCUCCACCAUCGGAUUGGCAGAGGCAAUGAACGUGUCACAGAAGAGCAAAAACAUUCACAGCCAGCAGCAGCAGCAACAGCAGCAACCUCAGCCACAACCAGGACCACCUAGUUAUCCCAACCAGCAGCAAUCACGAGCAAACGCUACCUAUCUUUUUGAUGAUGCUUCCUCAAAGUACGCUUACGGAGGACCGUAUGUAGCUGGUGCCAGUGCUGGACCAGUCCCUCCUCGUCCGCCGCUGGUUUCUGGGCUAACAGGUCCAACCCCACCUAUUGCUGCCUCUAAUACGUCUGUCGGAGGAAUGCCCCAAGGACCUCCACCAGGCAGUUUCGUAGGCCACAGUCCACUCGACCUGUCAAAGCAGACACCUCAACACCACCAGUCUGCCCAUCACUCUCUUCCUCCUGCUUCGUUGGGAGUAAACCAGCAAUUAGCCAUGGCAAAUGCUGGACAUACUGGGCCCAUGCAGGGUAGACCAACUCAGGGAAAUAGCCAGUUUUUCAAUCGCCCGAUACGUCCGGGAAAUCAACACAUGCCUCGACCCCCAAUGGCAGGUGGUGCCAUUAAUCCCAACCAUCCACCCAAUGGUGCUCAGGCCAUACCUUACCCUGCGUUAAAUCAACCUGUACUUUUCGUCAUUGGAGAUCAUCAAUUCAACAAUCAAUCGCCCUAUUUAUCGUACCCGGCGAAUCCUCCAGCGUAUUAUCAACAGUCAGGGAACCUGCCUCCCGGAAAUGUGACGUUCCAGCAACCACGAGCAGCCCAACAAACGUAUGGCUACAGGACUUCACCUCCUUACCCGGGUUUUCCUAUGCAGAGCUCGCCAGCUGUUUAUUACCCACCACAGCAGCAGCCUCAACCCCAACAGCAGCAGCAGCCCCAACAGCAGCAGCAGCAGCCCCAACAGCCCCAGCAACCCCAACAGCCACAGCAAGUCCCGAUAGCUUCACCACUGGCGGCACAACCGCGUGAAAGCUCUGGAGCCUCUCGGAGGGCAAGGUCAAGUGCCUUGCGCAUUGUCGACCCCAAUACCAAUAGGGAUGUUCUCACCGGUGAGGAAGUGCCUCCGUCAGCCGUGGUUACUCCGACUACUGUGACGCCCCCUGAAAUUACGGCAAUCGAUGCUGUUUCGCUGCCUCUAGUAGCUGUGGAUGAGGUUGAAGCGCCAUCAGCGUUGGUUACUCCAGCCGUUCUAGAUGUGGAGGAAGCACCUACAUCUCCGAUCGUGGACAUUUCUGCUGCUCCAUCAGAAAAUGCAAUCGUUGCAGUAGUUGAAGAAAUAAAUGUGGAAAAAAAGACAGUUCCAACUGUAGCUGCAUCGUCAUCAGCAUCGACGUCAGCAACACCAACUGUGCCAGCAACAGUCACUGCUCCGAUAGCACCGGUACAGCCGGCACCGGUCAUAGAAAAGGAGGUCAUACCCGUCCCUGUUGCCCCAGAGAACGGUGAAGUACCCUCUGUUAGCGAGCCGCCUUCCAGUACGGCGUCACCCACUCCCGUCUUGACUGCUCCUAGUCCCGAGCAAGUCGAAGGACGAGGUAACCCGAAGGGUGGUAAAAAGGGGCGCAAGACCUCGAAAUCGAGUUCUACCCCCACACCCCCCACCCCUCCGCCCCCACAGAGCGUUGAAGAAGUUAAACUCGCCCAACCUGUAGCUGCUGCUGUCGAGAUUCCGUCUACAGUUGAAGAGAAGGAUGUUGUGCCUGCUACCACCCCAAACAUCCCAGUUGCUGCUGCUGUCAAUCCAGUAUCAGUGGUCGAUUCAUCUUCCAAGGUGGACGUCGAAAUUAAAGAAAUGCCGAGACCCUUGCCGGUUGUUCCAGAAUCGGUUGUCGAAAAGCCCUUGGAGAGCUCCACAGUUGAAGUCGAAAUAGAAUCUGUGAUCACUAAUGGGGACAAGCAAGGAACUAGCCCUCCACCCAGUGAAAUAGAGCCGGUGGUGCCAACGCCUCAAAUUACUGCAACGGAGGACGGGGAAAACCGGGCUCCUGGUAAAUCGACGUCAUUGAAAUAUACGUACAAGGACGAUCAAUGGAGUCCAGUAAAUCCGGAAGGGAAGAAGACGUAUGAUCGCCUGUUCCUUUUGGAACUGCAGAAUAACCCCGCAUCCCAGAAAAAACCGGAAGGAUUGCCAAGCCUGGAAGUUGUACGCGAUAAGGCUUCAACAAUGAAGCGCGGAGUUUCUGUUGGAGACUUCACCCCGCCUUUCGUUAAAAUGAUGCCAGCGAAGGGACUUCCUAAAAGGAAUAGUCAGCAAGGAAGUCGUGAUCAGGGCAUGGGUCAGCAACAACCACCUCCAAGGAGAGAAAUUAAACUUAUGCACUCCUUGAUUAGACAAGAACGCCCCGAAGACCCCAAUGUCUGGAAACCGAAACAUGCUUCGAAAGCCAAGGAAGAGAAAGAGAAUCCUGACAAAGCCAGCACUGAGGCAAUGCUUAAAACCGUCCGUGGUAUUUUGAACAAGUUAACUCCUUCUAAGUUUGACGCAUUAUUAGCGAGAAUCCAAGCCUUAGAUAUUGAUAGCGAAGACCGGUUAGCCGGAGUCAUCAAGUUGUUUUUCGAGAAGGCUGUUGAUGAACCAAUUUUCUCGUCCAUGUAUGCUAAAAUGUGUCAAGCUCUGUCAACAAAAGAGGUUGCUUCCGCUUCUAACCCAUCUGAAACAACAAAUUUCCGCAAGCUAUUGCUGACACGUUGUCAAAAAGAAUUUGAAAAAGACAACGCUGCACUCCUUGACGUGGAAAACAAAAAGAAAGAAAUUGAAACUGCUGAAUCGGACGCAAAAAAGAAAGACUUGGAAUCGGAAUUAGAAGAACUUGUCAAUUCAAAUCGAAGAAAAUCUUUAGGGAACAUUAGGUUUAUUGGAGAAUUAUUUAAAUUACGAAUUCUUUCGGUGAAAAUUAUGCAUCAGUGUAUUCUUCGGUUAUUGAGUCAACCCGAAGAUGAAGAGUCGCUAGAGUGUCUCUGCAGGUUGUUGUCAACGAUCGGCAAGGAAUUGGAGACUCCAAUGCAACCACCCGCAGGAAGAUCAACGUCUAUCUCGGCAAAUCGCGAGUCCAUGAAUUCGUAUUUUAGUACUUUGGAUUCCAUUGUUAAUAAGCGCAAGAUAUCAAAUCGUAUACGAUUUAUGAUCCAAGACGUAGUUGAUUUGCGCAAAACUGGGUGGAAACCGCGUCGUGAAGAUAACAAUCCCAAGACAAUAGACCAAAUCCACAGGGAAGUCCACAAGGAGCGCGAGGAACAGGAGAGGGAAUUGAACAACCCACAAUUCCAGGGACCUAUGGGUUCCAUGGGUGGCCUUUCUCGGGAUGGAAGAAUGGGUGACCGGCGUGGUGGCGAUGAUCGUAAUAGGAAACAGUCACGUACCAAUGAUGAUGGUUGGAAUACUGUCCAGAAUAGUGGCAGCCGAGGCGGCAAUGUCAAGUUGGAUAUGAAACAACUUCGGAUACCUAAGGCAUCUGGAGAUGCUGAUCAAACUGUCAUCAGUUUGGGCCCUGGAGGUAGGGGAAUGGGCUCCUGGGGAAGAGGUGCGUCUGGUGGAAUGUCUCAAUCGAUGGUUGGCGGUGUUGGCAGCGGUGCAACUCAAGAUACUCGAUCCAAUCGCUACCAGAUCCUAGAAGAUGAUUCUGGAACUCAACACGAAAGCGGCAAGGCUCCAUUCUCGGGACGCUCUAGUCUUGGCGGCCCACCCCAUAGCGGCCGCGGUGGUAAUCAGGAGUACCGGACGAUGCCUGGAGCCACGAAAAGUGCUUUUUUCCCGCCCAAGGAUGGCGAUCGUGGACUAGAUUCCCUUCGCUCACAGAACACCGGCUUUGCUGGUCGUUCGCGUAGUCAGCAAUCUUCUCGUGAGAAUUCUGUUACUCGACCCAUACGAGAAACGCCUCAACCGCCGAUGCAAUCACGUGAAGUAUCCAAAGAUGUACUAAUAGGGAAAUCAACCGUUACGGAUGAUGAGAUUGAGCGGAAAUCUCAUUCGCUUUUGGGUGAAUAUUUUACAAAUGAAAAGAUAGAGGAUGCUGUUCUCGACAUGAGGGAGUGGUUACAUCCAUCUACGGUAGCCAAAUUCAUCAACCAGUGCUUGCUGCAUGUCUUAGAACAUAACAAAAAGGAACGUAGGGCGACAGGCACUUUAUUGAAGGAAAUGGUUAAGAGAAAACUUUUCACCUCCCAUGAUAUAGUUGAUGGAUUUACUGAGCUCCUUCAAUCGGCUGAAGAUUUCAUCGUGGAUAUUCCCAAAUUAUGGGAAUAUGUGGCUGAAUUAGUCGAGCCAUUGUUUGAAGAAGGCGUGAUGAAUUUGAACUUUCUUCCGCAGUUGUCAUCGACCCUGAAUUCAUCUUUGGUCGCUAAUUUUGUAGCUGCAGUUCUGAAGGAAUUAGUCAAAGCGCUGGGUGUUGCCGGAACAGAAAGAAUAUGGAUUAUGUCAAAUGCACCCCUCACCAGUAUUUUACCAUCUGGUGUUGAUCCGAAUGCAUUCCUCGCUCAACAUAAGGAACUGGAGUUCCUUUCUCAAAUCGAUUCUAUACCAAGGAGUAGUGGCAGCGUUGGAAAAUCCAGCAGUAAUGCACCUCCCUCCAGUCAAGUUUACAUCGAGUUUCAGCAUAGCCUGGAAAAGUACUUGAGAGACGCAAGCCAAUUAACUACAGAUGACGUUUGUAGUUGGAUCCAGAAACAAAAUGUUGGUGAAGUUAAUUCCGCUUUCAUUCGUGCCUUGGUCACCGCAGUAACCGAGAGUUCUAUUGAAGGACGUGGUACAGACAGUAAACUGAUCAACACUGUCUUGAAACACUGGACGGAAGUGUUAAGGCGGUACGUUGAUAAUAUUGCUGAUCGUGAGCUUCAACUGCUUUUUGCAGUUCAGACUUUAGUCACACAGCGCCAACAUCCCAAAGGUUUGAUUCAAGGCAUUUUCGAGACCCUCUAUGACAGUAAUGUGGUUUCUGAAGAGGGAUUUGAAUCGUGGGUGUCAGUCGAUGAUCCUUUGGAACGUGAAGGAAAAGCUGUGGCUCUGAAGAUGAUCACUUCUUUCCUGACGUGGCUGAAGGAAGCUGAUCCGGAAAGCGAUCAAGAGGCGGAUGCCUGACCUUAUGAAGAAAAGCAUAUUGGGGAGCAUUUGUGUGAGUGUAUCGUGUGAGUGAAGGGGGAGGCCAGUGUGUGCAUGCAUGUAAACGAAGGAGACUGAAGGAACUUAUCGUCCUUAGUUUUCCAUAAUUACAUGAAAAUGAGCAGAUUUUUGUGAGCGAUAAUUGUGCUCCAAGAGCACACCUGGCUAAAUUUAUUAAUGAUGAUGUAGUUUGAAUUUGCCCCUUUAUUUUCAUACACCCCUUUCAACUGAUUGUGUGGAUGGAUUACUUUUAAUCCAAAAAAGGAAGGGCGCGUGUCGAUAAAUAAGUAUCGGUCAGAGGAAGGCGAAAGGUAUCGUGUGAAUAAUUUGUUAGUUCUGUUUUUGUUUUUUCUUUUUUUUUUUUUUUUUCCCGUUCAUUUCAUUUCAUUUGAUUGGCAGAUGGAAAACAGGUGAAGAAUUUUUAAUCAUUUUUCUGUUUGAAUUUUUUUGUUUUUGUAUGUGUGUAAGAAAAAGAAAAUAUUGUGCUGGGCCAGGGGCGGUGUUGAUUGCAUGAUCGAUUUACAUAUGAUGGAUAAGAAACAACCCAAAAAUUUCAUAAAUGCGCUAUCGCCAAUUGAAAUGAGCAAGUAACUGUAAGAACAUUGAGUUCUACUCGCUCCUCCUUCCCUUCCACGUGAAAGACAGUCGGUUUACAAGUUCUGUGAACGUGGCGGUUUUGUUUGCAACGUUUGUAACAUUUGUUGUAAGACUGAUACUUAGAAGGGAUUUAUUCAUACACUGCAGUAGAAGGUU